AUGUCCACAUCUAAGCCUUCUGUGCCAAUCGCACUGUCCGCCGAAGCAGUCGAUGAUCUGAUCUAUGAUGCACGAGCAGGCGAUCUCGAGGCUCUGAACGCCGACAUCGCCGCCCUCGCCAGCCAACACAACUGCAACGAAUCCCAGAUCGUCGCAUCCGCCAUUGACCUCGCCGACGAGAGCGAAGGCGGCUCCGGCUCUUGUGUCCUGCACUUCCCCGCCGCUAACGGAAAUGCCGAAAUCCUCACUACUCUUCUUCAAAAGCUCUCUUCUGCUGAGGCAUCUCAGCGCGCUGCUUUCAUCAACCACCGCAAUAACUCUGGUAACACGGCUCUGCACUGGGCUGCGCUGAACACGCACUUGGAAUGUGUGAAGGCGCUUGUUGAAGCUGGUGCGGAUCUCGAUGUCAAGAAUGAUGCUGGUCACGAUGCUGUCUUCCUUGCUGAGCGUACGGCUUGGGCUGCUGUUGAGGAUAACGGCGAGGGCGAGGAGAACCAGGACCAGACCCAGGACCAGGAGAUUGAGAUGACUGUUGGUGAGGGUGAGGGUGAGGGUGAGAAGACCGAGGACGCUGGGGAAAUGUCUGCAGGCAGACAAGUUGUUGAGUGGCUUCUGAACUCGGAUGUUGCUUCGAGUUUGGAGAAGGGAGCUACUGAGGGCGAGGCGAAAUCUGCUUAG